UGGCGAAGAAUGUAUCAAUCACCUAGUUUCCAACGACAUCCAACUAUAAAUCUGACCGAGAUUCCUCCCGAGCCUCAACAACACCAACAAUCAACCACACCUACCCCAUCGAUAAGUCGAUUCCCAAUUAUGUAAGGACUAUCGAACUAAGGAAAUCAACAUAUCAACUGACUAUCCUAACCUCAUCUUAUUUCUGAAAUUUUUGUUGUGUUGCUUCCAACCCAUUUGAACUAAACUCUCUUCUUACAGGCUUACCCAUUCGAACUUUUAUCAUGGCCACUGCUACGCCCUCCGACCCUUCAAUGGUGAACCUUUCAACGUGUCCCAUCUGCUUCACUCUAGUCCAGCCUCCGGUGUAUCAGUGCACCAACGGGCACAUUGUUUGUUCAAGAUGCCGAGAACAAAUUGAGGUUUGUCACUCAUGCCGUGAACCCCUCGGAUAUAUUCGUUGUUUCAUCCUCGAGCAACUUGCCUCGACCUUGACUACACCUUGUUCCAACCAAUCGUUGGGAUGUCCAAAAACCCUGCGAACGGACACACGACAUGAACAUGAACAACGUUGUCCCUUCAGACCUAUUACUUGUCCUCUUUUUGACGACCAUUGCAACUGGAAUGGAAGAAAUUCUGAGUUCAAAUCCCAUUUGAUUCAAGCUCACCCUCAAGUUCCCCUCAUAAAUAAAACCAGCUUCCUUUUCCUCGGGAUUGAUUCUCGAAUCUCCGCUCCCGUAACUUGGGCGGCUAUAAUGGAAUGCUACGAUCAACAACUGCUAAUAACUGUUCGAAAGCAACAUACUACCAGACCGAAUUACAUUAUAAAAUUCCACAACUUCACUCGAAUUAAUCCCUUCAAACUGGAAUACAACAUUAAAUUCCGUAAAGGGGACAUUUCCUUAAAGUGGACCUCCACACUUGUAUCUGACCAAGAACCUAGAUCAACCUCAACUUCUUCCCUGGAAAUACCCGAAACCUUAAUUCGAUCCUUUUGUCAAGGAAACAAUUUUAAAUUUGCAGUCUCCGUUUCUAAUCUAAAUAAUUAAUUCCUACAGAUGGCUGACUCCGAUAACGACUGGUGGGAUACCGAAUCCUCUUCCUCUCGCACUAAUCCAACCACACAACUAGAAGUUAAUGCUUCUUCUGUACGAGCUACCAUAGCAUUUGCCCAAACACAACGACGGCAUAACAAUAUGCCUGUUACACUAAUAUUGCCUUUGGAAUACACCUGUCCUCCUUCGGAAGCACCUCAUUUCCGAGAGGAGAUCCGACUCACCCAAGUAUACAACGAACAAUGGAAUCCUAACUCUCGCUCAAGUCGAACUCAAUCAAGGGAAACCCCAACCUCUGCAUCAAGAUCAUCAUCAGCCGCACGACCACCGUCUGACAACUCUAGACGGUCAUCUCGACAAUCACCUACCACUUCCACUAACAAUCCUUUCUCCUGUGAACGAAACAAUCCACCACCUAAUCAACCUUUUUCAUCUUAAUGAUUACCAUUCUGAUUUUAUACUCUCAUUUAUAUAAUCGAGAAAAAUGUUAUUCUUUUCAAAUGUUAUCCAAUGUAAUCCAACUUUAC